AUCAGAGAGAAUCGACAGGCUAUACACUCACCAGUGCAGACAGUAAGAUACGAGUACACAGUAAAAGAGGAAGGGCAAGAGAAGCUUGUGUGAUUGAAUGUGUGUCAGGAUGGCAGGCACUGGACUAAGAGUGCGUUACUGGCUCACACUGAUCUCAGGCUUGUUGGAGUGUUUGUGCUUCGCUGGCAUCCUGUUUGGAUGGGCCUCGCUGGUCUUCGUGCUCAAGAGUGAUGGCUACUUCAGCUACCAGUGUGUGAACAUCACAGUCAAUGGGACCAUUACCAAAGAUUGCAGUGAGCAAGAUGAGCAGUUCUCCAUUAUCUUCACUAUUGCCUCCUUUAUGAACAACUUCUUUACUCUGCCCAAUGGUUUUGUGUUUGACCAUUUUGGCACCAUGGUGACCAGACUUCUAGGAAUAUCUAUCUACACCACUGGGACCUUACUGAUAGCCUUCUCAAAUGUUGCACUAUCAGUCCUCCUCUACCCUGCGCUCUCUUUCAUUGCUGUUGGAGGAAUUCUUUUGUUAGUCACUAACAUGCAGGUGGGAAAUCUUUUCGGAGCCCAUCGGUCAACUAUCAUCACUCUGUAUAAUGGAGCCUUUGACUCUUCUUCUGCUGUCUUCCUUAUUGUAAAGCUGCUGUAUGAAGAUGGAGUGUCCCUCCGUGACUUGCUCCUCUUCUUGUCCUGCUGCAGUGUUAUUCAUCUGAUUCGCACCUUCCUGCUGAUGCCUCGGAAACACAUCCCCUACCCUCUCCCUGAGAACUACACCUACGGACUGAGAUGUGGAGAUGCUCAGAAAUCUAGGGAGUCCAAAACUUUAAGUAGUACGAGCAACAUCCAGAAUUAUGAGAGUUUGGAGAUAACUCAAGAAAGCAAUUCUGCCAAGACCACCACCACUCCAGACAUGCCAGAGCGAAGCUUCAAAAGCUGCAUCUUCUCUUGGUUCUUCCUAUGGCAUCUGCUAUGGUUAUCAAUCAUGCAGCUUAGACACUACCUGUUCAUUGGGACUCUCAACCCGAUGCUCAACCGCCUAACAGCUGGUGACCCCCACCUUGUGAGCACAUACACAAAUGCAUUUGCCUUCACCCAGCUAUGUGGGAUUCUGUGCGCCCCCUGGAAUGGGCUCAUUAUGGACCGGAAUAAAGGAAAACCCAGGGAAAAUGGCCAGAGUGAAAGUGAGGCAGACCUAAAGGCAGCCAUACUGUCUCUGUUUCUGACAGCACUGCAGUGUGUGCUCUUCUCACUGUGUGCUGCCAUUCCUCUACUACCCCUGCAAUACCUCACAUUUGUACUACAGGUUCUCAAUAGAUCCUUUCUCUACGGAGGGAACGCAGCUUUCAUCAGCCUGGCGUUCCCUCCUGCACAUUUUGGAAAACUGUAUGGAACAAUGAUGGCUCUCUCAGCGGUGGUAUCUCUUCUCCAGUAUCCCUGCUUCUUUCUUAUCAGUGGGCCUCUUGGCGGAGAUCCUUUUGCUGUGAAUGUUGCUUUGACCAUCCUGAGUUGCCUCGCCUUUAUCAAUCCUCUCUACAUUUUUCUGCACUGCCGGCAUCAAGCAGCUCAACGGGCCAAAGCUAACACAACAACCUCAUCUUAAAGUGCAUAUCACGGUUAAAUUCAGAAGCAAGAUCAAUGUAAUUCUCCUAUUUUAUAUUAAACUUUGGUCAAAUAUCUGUCACAUUUUGCAUUUUUUUAGAACAGGAUAAAACAGCUAGAGAUAAUGAGAUGAGAUUUUGCAUUUUGUGCAAUUUUUUUUUACCUUGCGCAAUACCAGAAAAAUUCAGUUGAAAUCAAGCCAUUUGAGGCGAAUUGGUCCGCCUCUGAAAAAACUUGGCAUUUGGAUUUCCCGACAAACACUGAUUUUUGUGACGUCAUCUGCGGGACGCCUCCCUCUGAAUCCUACGUCAGCGCUGGUUUGUUUAUGAGAAAACGACCUGGUGGGUUUCUGCAAAGUUCUUCAAUGUUAUCACGUAAUUAUUAAAAUGAUUAACAGAUGUAUCGUAGGAGGGUGUAGCAACACAAAUCUUGAUGGGAUUAGUACUCAUCGUUUUCCAAAAGACCAGACAAUGAGGGAGAAAUGGGAGCGCUUGGUCUACACAGGCUGUGCACUGAAACCGUGCAAGCUCGCGCAGCCUGCUGGCGCUUCCGCAGGUAACGUCACGAAUCUGGCUCCAGACUCCCUUGGGAUUUUUCCAGACACGUUUUGUUGUUUUGUUUUUUUUUUGCUGUAGACAGAUGGCCUUGUGCAAAAUUGCCCUUCUGGAUGAGUGUGUAAAGGGACAUACUUUCAUAUAAAAAAAAAAAACACGAAAUUGGUCCAGAAUAUGCACUUUAAGUAGGACAUAUCCAUAAAGGGGAUGAGAUUAGCCUCCGCUCUUCUGUCACUGGCAAAUAAAUGUUAAACCGUGGUGCUAUUUACAUCAGGAGUACACAAUAUUGUGGGAAUGUAAAGAAGCAGCAGCUAUUUUCAUGUCUAUGCCUAAUUAAGUUGUGUUCACAGAUGUUCUGUACAAUUUUUUUUUUUAAACCUGUAUUUUUCUAAUCUGAAUUUUUGUAUCUAUCGUGCUGGACUGCUAUGACUACUUGAGCAUUUAACACACUAUCCACAAACUUGGACAUUUUUAAGACAAAGUUUAAUACUUAAAAGGGAACACUGAUGGGUUUGGCCCAUAGCAAAGUCUGGCCUUUAUGUCUUUGCAAACUAUACAAUGCAGUAAAACCAGCAUUUGUAAGCUUUCAUUGUAGAAUGAGUGUGCAGUGUUAAAGAAGAACUGAAGUCAUUUUUAAACUUGCUUUAUUUCUUAAUUAACGUGUUAUUUAAUUACGUUUUCGGUUUUAGUAACCUUAUAUCGUGACUCGUAUUGGCAACUAAUUGCAAUUAAAUAUUAUACUUAUCAGCCUCUGUGAUGACCUGGCGACUUGUCCAGGGUGUACCCCGCCUUUCGCCCGUAGUCAGCUGGGAUAGGCUCCAGCUUGCCUGUGACCCUGUAGAAGGAUAAAGCGGCUAGAGAUAAUGAGAUGAGAUAUCGUGACUCGUAUUGGCAACUAACUGCAAUUAAAUAUUAUACUUAUCAGCCUCUGUGAUGACCUGGCGACUUGUCCAGGGUGUACCCCGCCUUUCGCCCGUAGUCAGCUGGGAUAGGCUCCAGCUUGCCUGCGACCCUGUAGAACAGGAUAAAGCGGCUAGAGAUAAUGAGAUGAGAUGAGACUUAUCGGCCUAUUUAGUUUUUAGCCAUGUUCAAUUUAGUUUGUUUGGUCCACGGCAGGCGUCACUUAUCCACGCAAUCUUCAUGAGACUUGUGCGAGACUUCGAAGCGUGAAGUGUCAGCCAGGUGUCAGUGCUGCCAUUUUGAAAACUGUUUUCCAAACAAAAUAUUGCACAAAAAGGAGUUUAAAUGACGAUUACUGCCUACUUUUUUCAAACUUUCCUGACUGCUAUCAAAACAAACACAACUUCUGGCUUGAUUACAUCAGCAUUUGAAAGAGGGCACGCGCGUCUUUUGACAACGUUGGCAGAUGUUGGUCACUUUGAUUUCCGCUGUAUGUUUUACUCCCGUCCUACGAUGUCUCGCACAGGUCUCAACGAAUCUCGUUUACGGCCAUUGCUUUGACAUAUGGACUGAUAUAUUACAUAGCAUAUUUCAAACACUUAUAACUUGCUAUAGCAGUGACAAAAUAGCUAUCAAAAAUGUAUUCCUAUAUUUAAUAAAAUUAGAAAUAGAAUUUUGAUAUAAAAAAUUUGCCUUCAGUUCUCCUUUACCUGCAGUAAACAGAGCAUGGAUGGAUGUGUGUGAUUAUGCUGCCAUCUGCAGGACAAACCAAAGUCUGCUAACUGACCUUAUACUGUGCUUCACAGUUGUACACAAUCAUUAAAAUUUUUAAUUCAAGUUA